AUGGAAGAACGGAUUGAUAUUGGCAAGCCACGAUGGGACCAGGCCACAUUUGAAGGUCGCCUUCGCCAUUUUGCAUCCAUUACCGAUCCGCUUGCCGUAUUUUACCCUAAGAAAGAGCUGCUGGCCGCUCGAAAGCUUGUAUUCGAUUACAAGGCCGGAUCCGAGCCGGUAGGCACGAAAUUGGAAGAUGUGUACCGCGCGCAAAAGGUUUUUGGGACGGCUUUUCAUCCGGAUACCGGAGAAUUGCAGAAUCUACCCGGUCGGAUGUGUUUUAAUGUAUAUGGCGGAACGAUGCUUUGCGGUGCGAUGAUGAUUUGGUACAAAUCAACGCCAGCUGUCCUAUUCUGGCAAUGGGCGAACCAGUCUUUUAAUGCUUUGGUCAACUACACGAAUAGGAAUGCGAAGAGUUCCUUAUCAACAACUGACUUAGUCACAGCCUAUGCUGGGGCUGUCACUGGGGCCUUGGCGAUGGCUACUGGGUUGAAAGCCUAUUUUGCCAAACGCCAAGUCAGCACGAUCCUCCAAAGAUGGGUGCCGUUUUCGGCUGUUGCCGUUGCGAAUGCUAUCAAUAUCCCAAUGAUGCGUCAAAAUGAGCUUAAAAAUGGUGUUGUAUGUGAAGAUGAGCACGGGAAUGCCGUUGGUACUUCAAGACUAGCUGCCGUUAAGGGUAUUUCCCAAGUGAUUCUCUCAAGGAUCGUCAUCGUCGCCCCGACUAUGGUGGUAAUCCCUUUGAUCGUGGAGGGAUUAAACAAGAUUGCCUCAUUCCGGCGGAACUUGAAAUAUCUGAACAUACCAACACAGCUGGCGUUGACCUUUAUCAUUUACGGGGCGAUGGUUCCAGUGGGCUGUGCUGUAUACCCUCAGCGAAGCUCCAUCAAACUUGAAACCCUGAAAAAACUCGAACCCGAAGCCUACGACAAAAUGAAGACCAGUGGAUUGACGACGGUUUAUUUCAACAAAGGAUUG